AUGCAAUUAUUUUAUUCAACAAUUAUUUUGUUUUUAUUAAUAUCAACAUCAGUCGGAUCAAUUUUUAAUACACCAUGUAAAAUUUUAUGCCAAAAAGGCUAUGUUCAAUGUUAUAACAACUAUAUCACCAAUGAAGAAGUUUAUUCUUUUGGAUUUUGUGGCACAGAAUUAGAUGGUUGUUUAUUAAGAUGUAGCCAUCCAAGAACUUUUCAACCUCGCACUGUGGAACCUGGAUACAAUGUAGAGAUCCCAGCAUCAAGAUCAAGAGACAACUACCAAAAUUUAAAAAGUCAAAAUCAACAACAACAAAGCAAUAACAUUCAAAAGGAUUGUAAAGAAAAUUCUUCUCAAGCAACAGUAAAUUAA